AUGCCAAAAUUUAUUGUUAACACAAAUUUAAGCAAGGAUAAAGUUCCAGAAUAUUUUGCAGGGGAGCUUACCCAACAAUUAGCAAAAGCAUUGGGCAAACCAGCACAAUAUCUAGCAAUACCGGUAUCUCCUGACCAGGUGAUGUCCUUUGGUGGCUCUAGAGAUCCUUGUGCUAUGUGCUUUCUCUACAGAGAUAAGACGGGGGAGCAGGAGAACGAGGUCUACCCCAAAUUGCUUUGUGACCUGCCAAACAAACAGCUGAAAAUACCAUCUGACAGAAUCCACGUCAGCUUCUUUGACAUCAGCCCUGGCAAUGUAGGCUGGAAUAACACCACCUUCACUUGA